AUGCACACAAAUGGAGAGGCGCACAAACUUCAAGAUCGGAAGACCCACGUCAUUGCCGAGGCGCUGCUGGGCGUAUCCUUUUUGAAACGCAGCGUUGAGGUGUCCGAUCGGGACUUUGGCGCGAUCACCUUGAUGGAGGCGGCUCCCACGGGGUCCCUGAGGGAAAAGCUGCAGCAGGCGGUAUACGGAUUUGGUCAGCUGGCAGGGUGUGUUUGCCAAGGCGCGCUCGUACAGGUGUGGUUGCCAGUUCUGAAUGCCAGCACAGGCACGUGCGACGAUUUGCAGACGAAGGGCCAGCCAUGGAGCAUCUCGGGGCUGCAGGACACGCAGCUGUGCCUUUUCCGAGCUGACUGCUCCGAGGUGACAAUCAGCGCAGCAAAUGACAACGCCUCAUGCGAGACUGUCAGAGGGGCGUUGCAGCGGCGAGAGGUGAGCGUGUAUGCGGAUGUGUGCGCGCUGCCGGCGGAGAAUUAUUCCAGGGCAGCAAAGGCGACCAAACUUGGCGUGCACGGCUCAAUGCUGGUCCCUUUAUUCCCCCACAAGGAUUUAUCUCUCGCCGGCCCUGUGGCAGUCCUGGAGCUGCUGCAGCUGGGCGCUGACGUGACCUGCUUUCCUGCGCUCUUUAAUUGGCUCCUCGAAAAGCUGCCGAUGCUCAACCUGCACAUCCCCAGGGAGAUAGCGCACUGGCACGACGCCGCCGGCCUUGAUGUCAUGGCGAAAGCGCAGCUGGGGGCCGACACGGGCCCUAGUACUAGUGCCACCGCAGCAGGCUCACAGCAGGAGCAGCCUGCAACAGCCCACACGCCAGGCAGCUCCACACCCGCAUCGCCAAUCUCAAUCAUCCCCCAGCGGCCCAAGGUGUCUUCCGACGAGGAUCGGCCGGGGUCGGCGAAAAGCGCGUCCCUGGAGAACGCCCAGCCGCCGCCGCACGGCUCGGCCGGAGCCGGCCCGGCUCAGCCAAGCGGCAGAGGGAACACCCCUGCUGCCAGGCGCGCACACACAGAGCAGCGGCUGAGCGGGAUGGAGCAAGCGCAAAUGCUGCAGCAAGAGGCGGAGGGAGCGGGUCAGGCACGAGCUAGCGGCAGAGGGAAUGCUGGUUCUGGCAUGAACCGUGCAGAGCAGCAGGAGGCUCAGCAGACGCGCAGGCAGAGCAGGCACGGAGAGCAGCGUCAGAGCGAGAUGUUGGACGAUGCGCGGAUGUCUGAAGAGUGGGCGCUGCUUGGCUCAGAGGGAGCGGGCCAGCCGCGCGCCAGCGGCCGAGGGAAUACUCCUUCUGGCGUGAGCGGCCAUGCAGAGCAGCGGCAAGGGGUGUUACAGCGCUCGCAUGCGUCGGAGCAAGGUGCACAGGAGGCGGCGCCGGCGGCGGCGGGGCCUGCCCGGGGGCGUGCGACGCGGGGGGCGCGCGUCUGCGACGUCGGUGCGGAGAGCCCGGCCGGCAGCGGGGAGCGCCCCAGGACGUCCGCGCCGCGGCAGAAAGGGGAGCGCUCGAAGGCAGGCGUAGACAGUGCGGCGGCAGAGGAGCGGCCGUUCUCCCCUGGCAGCCUUGUCAGCGUUGGGACGCUCGGCAACUCGCAUGUCUCAGAGGCGGAGCAUCAGGCGCAUGACCUGGCGUCUGCGAGGGGGGAGCAGCCAGAUCUGGCGCCGGAGACACACCACCGACGGGCGCCCCUGGCCGCUGAUAUCGGCGAGGACAGCGGCGAGUCAUCCGGCCGGGCGCUGCAGCUAUCAUUCGCUGAGCUGAAGGCUCACUUUGGGGUGCCCCUGACGGAGGCUGCCACCAGGCUGGGCGUGCAGAGGCAGGACCUUGUGCGCAGCUGCAGGGAGCACAACUUGGAGGGCUGGCCGCGACUGAGCCUGAGCGUGAACGAUGCGGCGCGAUCUGAGGGCGUUCCUGUCUCGAUAUCGAGCCUCCCCAGUGACGUGGACGCUGCGGAGAUGGCCGCCUUUGUGCCGUUCGGCCCCAAGGCUCACCGCACCACGCCUGCUUCUUCUUGGCGCACUAACUCUGUGCACACGAUGCCGCUCCGCCAGGGAGAGGCGGGCGGCCCUGGCUGGCAGCUGGGCGGUCGCAGCCGCAGAGCCAAGGCGGCGGCUGCGGCGUGCCACAGCGCCAAUGCUGGCGGUGACGCGCUCAUGUUCGAGCCGGAGAUGGACCCUGUCGGAUCUCCGCAGGAGGAGGGCGAGAGCAACAACUGGGUGGGCUACGCCAAGGGGCUGAUGCUGCCGGUGAGGUCCCCCCGCGAGACCCGUAUGCACGGGGAAGGGCUGGACGAAGCUGCCGCACAGCUGCCGCUCUCCGGCGACGCCGACGCAGAGCAGCGGCAGCCGCAGUCCAGCUGCUGGCAGAAGGACAAUGAUCCGUUUGGGGACACACGGUGGGAGAAUUGGGAGCGGCUCCGCUGGUCGCAGGGCGCUGACUCAGCAGGCCGGCAGCCGCCACCGCCGGGGGACGUGCCCCCCAGCGGCAGCACCUUCACUGGCACCAGCCUCGCCCAAUGCCUCGGUUUCACAAGAGAGCAUGGGAUCAGCACGGCAGAUAUUGUGGAAGCAGCGGCGAUGAUUGGCAUGGCUCCAUUGGCGCCAGAUCAGGCGCCUGCAUGCAUGGGCAGCCCGCCGCCCAUCACCUCCGGGCAGCCCAGGGCGUUGCAGCAGAGCACCAUUGACACGCUGUGGGAACUGAACUCGAUGGAGCCAGGACCCCAAAGGCAAGUCUUGCCAUCGCAGCAGGAGCAAGUCAUGUCCACGCCUCAGUCGGGGCUCCUGCCACCCUCUCAGCCUACCCAAUCUGAGACCUGCAGGCGAGCGCUGCUGGGAGAUCUGGACACCGCGGCCGAGAGGGCAGCUGCACAGGCACAGAUGGGAUCGCUCAGCGGCCCCUCGGAGGAUGUCCGGCGCGCAAUCCACCAAGGCAUCUGCGCGCGAGAACGUGCCCCCUUCAGCAGCGGGUGCACCACAGCUGCAGCCACCGGGGGGCCCCAUGACGAGGGGACCCCGACCGCGCAGCCGAGCGCGUCCGGGACCACCAUCAGCGACUGUGCUGUGGGGGCGCGCGGUGCGGCCGACGCCAGUGAGACGGCUGACAGCGGGGAAAGCCGCGAGCAGAGCCUGCCAAGCUGGAGUCGGGCAGCCGGCAAGGGGAAAAAGAAGAAGGCCCUUGGCGCGAAAAGGGGCGGGAGGGGCCGCGGCCGGGGAAGGGGGCACGGCCGGCGGAAGCGCGGGGACGGGGGGAACCGGUCGCUGGCGGUGGCCACCGCCGACGCCGGCUGUGGCCCGCGGCUGUUCCGCGGCGGCGGCCGGCCCCGUCUGCGGCUGCGCAUUAAGGGCCCCUCCGCUGAACGCGGCAGCCCGCCACCUCCUCCUCCGCAGCAAGAGCAGAACACAUCACCUGCAGAGCUCCCUGCACAGCCUGUGGAAGACCUACACGCAGCGCAGUCGUCUGAGCAGCCGGAGAGCGCUGCAGCCGAACAGCCGAGCGUGCAGCAGGAGGUGGCAGCUGCCGCGCAGCCGCUGGCGGCUGCAGAAGUGGCGGCUCCGUGCCGGCCGUUGCUGCCGCCGGCCGAGCCGGCGGUUUCCGAGCCGCUGCCGCCGCACAAAGCCAUCGGCAUAGUGCCCGUCAGCGUCCCUCCGCGUUCAACGCAGUCGGUGCCCCUUCCCUGCACGCCGCCGCUCGACAACGACGAGGAGGUGACGUCAGCAGAGGUGACAUCAGCGGAGGUGGCAUCAGCGCCCUCGUCAGCGGACACCGCGCAGAACGCUCCCGAGCCUUGCAGCACUGCCAGCUUAUCGCAAGAGGAGAACGCUCCUACCGAUGCAUCACCAGAGACGCACGCUGCGUCAGCUCCGCCAAUGUUGGCCGCGGCGGCCACCGCGCAAACUGGGUCGCCCGAGAAGGCCGCUGCAGCCACCGCAACUGAGGAGUGUAGUGGGCAGCGGCAGGACACUGCCAGUGGCAGAGAUGCGCAAACUGCAGCGCCGAGAGCAAAGGAGGCGGCGGCUGCAGCCAAGCCGCGCAUGCAGAAGCGGCUGACGCUGGCGCCGGCGCCGGCGGUGGCGGGGCGGCAGCGGUGGGCUGGCGGUGGCAGCAGGGGGUCCUCGGGGGAGGCCAGAGGUGGACCCAAGAAGCGGGGGCGGCCCCCCCACAUGGUCCCCCACCCACACACCGGCCAGCUCGUGCCCAAGCGCGACCUCAUCGCCGCGCGCAUCGACCCCUUGACUGGCGAGUGCCGCUCGGGUAAGAAGCGCAAGGCUAAAGCGGCGGCAGCAGCGGCAGCCAAGAACUCCUCACCGGAGAAUCCUGCAGCGGAGGAAGCGCCUUUCGCAGUGCUGGGGAGGAAGCGCAAGGCAAAGGCUGCGGCAGCAGCGCCAGCCAAGGAAGCCUCACCGGAAAUUCCUGCAGCGGAGGAAGCGCCUUUUGCAGUGCCGAGCCGCAGCGACAAGCAGAAGCGGCCGGUCAAGAAGAGCCGCAGAGUGAUCGAGGCUGAGGAGGCACAGCAGGACUUGGGUUCUAGUCCAGAGCCCGAGGCGCCUGCACAUGACGAAACAGCAGCGGCAGCCGAUGCGGCAGGCGACGAUGACAGACACUCGCAGUCUGAUGGAGAGGCAGAGGUGGAGAGAGUGCCCAAGAGGAAGCAAUUCAAGCUGCAGGCUCUGCUGGCAGACUGCCCGGCAGGACAUCAUCCAGAGACCCCCACCCGAGGCACCUCUGCACUGGUAUACAUGAGCACGCCAACCAGCCGGCCCAGGAACGCCCUCCUAGCCUCGCCCACCGCCAGGAAGUUCCCCGCAGCUACAGAACAGGAGAUCACCUGCGACGAGCAGCUUCCGGAGCGGCUUCCCGAGCCCAGCGAAGCUGCGCUGCAGGGCUUCCUCGUAGACGCGCUCAACUUCAGUCCUCCCCGGCCGCUGUCGGGGGUCCCCCCCUUCGGCGGCGGGGUGCCCCCAUUCUCUGGCGGGGGGUCCCUCUUCGGCGGUGGCGGGGGGUCCGUAUCUGAGUCCCCCCUGCCCCGGCUGCACGACGCAGACCAGAUGUUCUACGGGUGUCCUCUGGGGGACCUCGGCACUGCCGCUUUUACUGACCUGGCCGAAAGCAGCUUCAGCUUUGGCUGCUUCACCUGA